UUCGCGGGCAAUAUGACUUCCAAAUAUGGUUUCCAAUUGUCUCGUUUGGCCAAUGACAUUCGUGGAUUUCCAUUCCGGCUUCUUACAUAUGCGCUGUUGGUUUGUUUUCUGCGCAUAUCGCACAUGUUCCUUUGUAGGGGAAAUGUUUUUGAUUUGAGAAUUUGGCUAUUUUCCUCGUGUCUAUGAUUGAUCUCCGGAUUCGUUCGACGCGAAAACGCAGGAUGUGCUCCUGCCCGCACCUGAAAGACUUUAAAAAGGCCGAUGGCUUGAAAGUCUUUCGCAAAGUUCACGCACAUUUCGUCUGCUGCGGUUCGCGUGAAGCAAGGAAGCGAAAGGCCAGCUUGUGCCAUUGUCACGAAUGUGGAACGUACUCCAGCCGUCUUCACUCGUGCCUUUUGUGCGUCUAUUUUGGUUGCUAUACCGGAAACCGGCACAUUCACCAUCACGCACAAUCAACUGGGCACUCUCUAGCUCUGGACCUGACGCAUGGCGUAGUUUACUGCUUCGUGUGCAAAGACAAUGUUUACGAUUUCGAUUUGGAGAAAGUUGGUGUCGAGCAAGCCGUUAGAGCUUGGAAGACUUUAGGAAAUGGUCGCAUAAAGUAUGUUCCCUGGGAACCAAGUAAAGCUGAACUCCAACUUCUUAGAGAAAAUAAGAAAAGGAUCAAGUUAGAAACAAAUUCCUUUAUAGGUCUUAGAGGUCUGACCAACCUUGGAAAUACGUGUUUUAUGAACUGUAUAAUCCAGGCAUUGACCCACACUCCAUUACUCAGAGACUAUUUUUUGUCUGAUCAACAUGUCUGUUCUGGAGACAAAGAUCAAUGUAUUGUUUGUGAAGUUGGUUCAGUCUUCCAAGAGUUCUACUCAGGGCAAAAGGUGCCACACACUCCUUUCAAACUCUUGCAUCUUGUUUGGACGCACGCACGCCAUUUAGCAGGUUAUGAGCAACAGGAUGCACAUGAGUUCUUUAUUGCUGCUCUUGAUGUACUUCAUCGGUAUUGCAAAGAUGAUGCACCAAACAAGGACAUGUUGGCUCCUAAUAACCCCAACAGAUGUAACUGUAUAAUAGAUAGAAUAUUUACUGGUGGGCUUCAGUCAGAUGUUACGUGCCAAGCAUGCAAAUGUGUUUCUACCACCAUUGAUCCCUUCUGGGACAUCUCUUUGGACCUGGGAAAUGUUGAUCACAGCAAUGGCAAUGGUAGAAGUAGUUCUGGAGCAUCAGCUGCAUCAACCCCUGAUCCCACACCACCAGAAGAAAAUGGUCAGCCAGUACCGGAAAGCAGCCAUCAUGAUGAAAGCUUUGUUCCCAAAUCACUUGUAGAGUGUUUGAGAAGAUUUACAAGGCCAGAAAGACUUGGAAGUGAAGCCAAGAUAAAGUGUAGUCAGUGUCAAACAUAUCAGGAAUCUACCAAGCGGUUAACAAUGAAGAAGUUACCUAUUGUAGUUUGUUUUCAUUUCAAGCGUUUUGAACAUUCAAAGAAAUCCAAGAAAAUAUCAACGUACAUUCCUUUUCCUCAGCAAUUAGACAUGGCUCCAUUUAUGGCUUCAAGAUUGAAUGGUAAUAGUGAUCACGGUCAGUCCACGCUGUCUUGUGACUCAAAGUAUACGUUAUUCGCCGUUGUGAAUCACAGUGGUACUUUAGAAGUCGGCCAUUACACGUCCUUCAUUCGUCAACAGCAGCAGUGGUUUAAAUGCGAUGACGCGUGGAUUACUAAAGCAACACUGGACGAUGUUCUUCAAAGUGAAGGAUAUCUACUUUUCUACCACAAGAAAGUCCUUGAAUACGAAUAACUUCGGGCAAAGCCUGUUUCAUGGUCGAGUGAAACAGUGUGAUUAAUAAGUUGUUCUAAAGAGGGAUCAACCAAAUAUAAUUAGAUAAAUAUGACUUAAUUUAUGUUUAAAAAAGGUCUAAAUAGCCCACACCCCUCAAGCGAAUUCUAGAAUUCGCGUUUCUAUAUUUAGUGAGUUGUACACUUACCGGAUCUUACAAGCGAGUCAAAAGCAAGUCAGGCGCCGUUCGAAGGGCGAGGGAAAUGAAGUUGAUCUAAGAGCUGUACAACUUGGUAUACAAUGUAAAAUGUUGCUCGAUAAGAAGAGGGGGUUAAAUAUGUGAGCCCUCAUUUUCUACUUGUCUAGUCGAUAAGAAUAAGUCAAUUAUGCCCGGUCUCCUUGCCUUAGGAAUAGAGACGUUUAAUUUCAAGUACGAGAACAUGUAUGAGAUUUGACCGCAAAUUUCCUUUAAUUUUCUUUUACCAUUAAGAACAUUUUCGAGAUACUCGUGGUCCAAAUAAGGACAGUCACGUGAUUUUUUCCGCCAAAAUGACAAACGCUCUCACGUGUGCUCUGUUUUACUAUUGGUUAAUCUCGCCCUCGGGAUGGAAUAUAAAGCUCUCUAUUACCUCGCUGCAGUCAAGACCGUAGGCAUACAAAAUUCCUUUUUCUAUAAAUUUUGAAUAAACGUACUAAGCAAACCUCGCAAAAUACAAGUCGAUAAUAAUUUAACAGGAAGGAUAUGCGUUCUUCAGUUGAAGAAGCUUAAUUUGUCACUCGUUUUUGAAAGUGAAAAAUAAUUUUAUACCUUAACUACUAAAGAAACGUUCUUUUGUUUGCUUAGUUCACUAGCAUCUUUUACAGUGGUCCGUCAGAUGGUACCUUUUGGACUCUCUGGUUGUUUUCAAGUUCUCAACCCCGCGCUAAUUUUUUUUCAAGUUAGUUUUGUAACUUAAUUUCGUACACAAAUACAAAGCUGUUGUUAAUAAUAAAUCCCAGAUUUAUAAAACUAUUUGCUAUAUAAAUAUAUGGGAAUGUAUUUAUUUGAAAUGUUUUUCGCUGUUAAACAAAAUUUUUCGGUACUCUCCGAUUAUUAAAUAAACUGUUCACUCGGUAA